UGACUCAGGAGGGUGGCUGGGUUUGGGAGAGCGUGGGGACCCUCCCAUCUCCCAGCAUGCUCUACAAGCAUGCUUGUAUAUAAUAUUUUACUCUCAAAUUUAUGUACUAUUACUGAAGUGAAAAUUUGAGCACAUGACUAAAGUGGAAUAUUUUAGUAUUUUAACAAUUUACAACAUAUUUCUUCAACCACUGGUUGCUUUAGCUUUUCUUUGAAUAUCCAUUUGGGUUAUGCAUCUAUCAUUUGGCUCCUGCAUCUAUCAUUUGGCUCCUGAGAAACUUUGAAGUCCCGACCCUAAAAUCACGUCUUUCUACUGUUUUGAUUGACAGUAUAUGAGCCAAUCAGAAUUAUCUCAAAAUUGACUAAACCUAAACCUCUGUUUUCAUUGGCUAUUUUUGGCCGUCAGUCAGUGACGUCAGGACCUUCAUCCAACCAAUGGUUAGGUCCUUUUUUGUAGAGGAUGAGCAACAGGCAGGGCCCCCGCUGAGCGUAGCACAACGAGCGGAGUUGAAUUUGUUUACCGUUGGACUGCUUUUCUAGUCUGAAGCUUUUAUGGUUUAGUUCUGUAUCUUUUGUUUUGAACUGGGGCUAGGUAGAAGAAGAUAACUGCAUUCACGUUUUUUUAUAAAUAGAAUAACCAGAUUUGUUCGAGGCCGUGGCAUGGAUGAGGUACGGCCUACCAGUGGUGCUCAAGCCCACGGACUGGUGCCGCUGUUUCCUCCCGGACUCCAGGCUAUCUACGGGGAAUGCCGGCGUCUAUACCCCGAGCAAGCCAACCCGCUUCAAGUAACAGCCAUUGUAAAAUACUGGUUAGGGGGACCAGACCCGUUAGACUACAUCAGUAUGUAUAGGAAUAUGGGCUGUCCGGCUCAGGACAUCCAGGAACAUUGGCACUAUGUCAGCUUUGGACUCAGUGACCUGUAUGGGGAUAAUAGGGUUCAUGAAUUCACAGGCACAGACGGACCCAGUGGGUUUGGCUUUGAGCUCACCUUUAGACUCAAGAGAGAGGUGGGAGAGACGGCACCACCAACCUGGCCAGCUGAACUGAUGCAAGGCUUGGCGCGCUAUGUGUUCCAGUCAGAAAACACAUUUUGUAGUGGUGACCAUGUCUCGUGGCAUAAUCCACUAGACAACAGUGAGUCUCGUAUCCAGCAUAUGUUGCUUACCGAGGACCCACAGAUGCAACCAAUUCAAACGCCAUUUGGCACAGUGAGCUUUCUCCAGAUUGUGGGUGUAUGUACAGAGGAGCUACAGGCAGCCCAGCAGUGGAACGGCCAAGGCAUCCUGGAGCUGAUGCGUGGAGUCAGAGUAGCUGGUGGCCCCUGGCUAAUCACAGACAUGAGGAGAGGGGAGACCAUUUUUGACAUCGAUCCACACCUACAACAGGAGAGAGUGGACCAGGGUAUCGAGACAGAGGGCUCGAACCUGAGCGGGGUCAGCGCCAAGUGUGUGUGGGACGAUCUGAGUCGACCGCCAGAGGACGAGGAGGACAGCCGAUCCAUCUGCAUAGGAUCACAGCCACGCAGGCUCUCAGACAAAGAUACGGAGCAGAUCAGGGAGACCCUGAGAAAAGGACUGGAAUUUAACAGCAAGGCAGCACUACCACCCAUCAAUAGCCAGAGACAAAGCCAUGAGAGACCUCAGAGUCGGAAGGACAGUUUGGAGAGCGAGAGUUCAGCAGCCAUUGUCCCACAUGAGUUGGUCCGAACACGUCAGCUGGAGAGUGUCCAUCUGAAAUUCAAUCAAGAGUCAGGCACACUGCUGCCCCUCUGCCUGCGGGGCCGGUUGCUCCAUGGGAGACAUUUCACUUACAAAAGUAUCAAUGGAGACACAGCCAUUACAUUUGUGUCUACAGGAGUUGAAGGAGCUUUUGCUACAGAAGAGCAUCCAUAUGCAGCCCACGGCCCCUGGCUUCAGAUAUUGUUGACUGAAGAGUUUGUGGAGCAGAUGCUUGGGGAUUUACAGGAACUGAACACUCGUGAGGAGACAAAGUUACCAAAGGAGUACAGUUGGCCAGAAAAGAAGCUGAAGAUUUCUGUCCUACCAGACUCUGUGUUUGAUAAUCCACUGCAAUGAGACAGAGACAUUUAAAUCACUAGAAAAUACCAACAAAAAUACCUGCAAACACACAGACUUCCAGAGAGGACCAUCAUGGACAGGAGGCCUCCCAGAACAUGCACCUGACCCUGAGCUGUCAGGGCGCACAAAUAUGUUGUUCCCACAGUGGACGGCCAGAGACCGUUUGAUCUCUGAAGACAAUCUGAGGGAUGAUCCGAAGACUUUUGACUGUUACUGGAUUUUCAGACUAGCCCUGUUGUUUACAAUAUUUCUCUGAGGUUUGAAAAAAUGUCAAAUCAACCUCAAGCCGGCCUAUCCAGAUGGCUGACCUGUUAGAACAAUCAUCUUAGGUGUCACACUUAGCUGUAGGGCAAAACAGGAUGCUGUCAUUCCUGUGGUAAGGCCUUUCAGGUCCAGCAUAUACGUCACAUAUGAGGUUGAACGUGCAUCCUGUGAUCACCAGACAUAAUGUCCCAAGUACUAACUGUGUUGCAGUUCUCAAAAACUAGUUCUAUUUAUUCCAGUGGCCUUAGAAAGGGCAGAGAAGUGACAUGUUGAACCAGUUUAUCAGUGUUGUUUUAGUAUUUACAAAUGCUGGACAUUUUCACUCUGUUUGUGGUCAUACCAAAGUUAUAAUUGUUGGCAGUCUGCUGCCAGAACUCUCUGUGUUUCAAAUGUGUCAUGAUCCUGUGAUAAUGACAUGACAGGCUGAUUUACUAGUAAUUACAAGUCACUGCCUGUUUGUGUGGGAUAACUAAGCAAUGCAUCUUUAUUCUUAAUUUUUUUAAGAUAUGUGGCAAAUGCUGCAGGUAUAACCACACCUAUCCCCUGUGCCAAGAACAUGGCUUCUGUAUUGAGUAAUAUUUUUUGAAUGUUUCAGUUUCCUCAUGCUUACUAAUGCACGUUUUAGAGUUUAGAGUAAACCCAUCAAGUCCGUUGUAAAUGUUCAGAGACUGGGAGUCUGUUUCAGUGUCCUCUCUCAAGUGUUGUCUCCAGUGGGACCUGACCGAAAACGAGUUGGAGAGAAAUUCCUCAGUGCCUUGUGUUGAAAAGGACCAUGUAUUGUCUGUUGACCCUUGCCUUCAGCUCCUGGAUUAUUGAGAAACAUCAAUUUGGUUUGAGGCUGCUGCGUUCACUGAUACUGUCGUUGCAUUCCACAAUAACACCAAAACAAAGAAAAGACUACUUUUACUACAAUGUCUUCUUACAACAAAAUUGUACUCUUAUACAAUCUUAUUUUUGUUUUUUGUUUUUUUUUUUAUUCAGAGUGACAGAUGUAAAGUUUAGACAUUGUUGAUAUGGUAUUUUGUAAUUGCUAUCUUAUUGACUGAACUGGCUGAUUGUAAUCCCAAGUGCAUUAAAGAGUGUAGACAUUUACACAAAUAAAGCUGGAACACUAAUGCAGAAAUACAGAGGAACUUAUUUCUUUAAAAGUUUUUACGUGAACACUGUGUACAUUUAUAAACGACUUUGUAUAAAAUAUUUAGGGGUAAUGAGGCACCUUAUAUAAUGGGUUUAUGAUUAGUAACUAAUGGUGUUAUUAAGUUUAAUAAAUCAAACGCUAAU